AUGACUGAGACUAUGCGAGCUAUUGGCAUCAAGGGUGGCAAAGGCCCCGCAACAUCCCUCUUUGUGGACCAGAUCGCCAAGCCCACACCAUCAGACGGCCAAGCCAUCGUCAAGAUCCAUGCAUUCGGUUUGAACCGCAUGGACCUUUUGCAGCGGGAGGGUCUGUACCCGCUUCCGCCGCAGGCACCCGUGACCAUGGGAGUGGAGUUCUCCGGCGUGAUUGAGAGCUUCGGCCCAGACGGACAUGAGGAUUUCAAGGUUGGGGAUGCAGUUUUCGGUCUUGCAUACGGAGGUGCAUAUGCAGAGUACAUUGCUGUUUCGACCAAGAUGCUGGUGCACAAGCCGUCGGAGUUGUCAUGGGAGCAAGCAGCCGGUGUUCCAGAAACCUGGAUCACAGCCUUGCAAGCCCUCUUCCUUGUCGGGGAAUUCAAAGCCGGCCAAUCCGUCCUGUGGCACGCAGGCGCAUCAUCAGUCUCCAUCUCUGGUAUCCAACUUGCCAAGGCCGAAGGUGCCAAAGCAAUCUAUGCGACAGCAGGCUCGCAGGAGAAGAUUGAUUUCCUGGAAAAGGAGCUCGGCGUCACCAAGGCGUUCAACUACAAGACCCAGGACUGGGCUGCCGAGAUCCAAAAGGUCACUGGGGGUGCGGGUGUAGACCUGACCAUUGACUUCAUCGGUGCACCUUAUUUCCAGGGAGAUUUAGAUGUGGCUGCGCGCGAUGGCCACGUUGUGUUAUUGGGCUUGAUGGGGGGUGGCAAGUUGCCAGAAGGUGUGAACAUUGCCCCAUUACUGUUCAAGCGCGUGCGGGUUGAGGGAAGUACUCUGCGCAGCCGGGAUGAGGAAUAUCAGCGGAGACUACGGGAUACCCUUGUCGAGCAUGCACUGCCCAAGUUCUGCGAUGGGACCUUCAAGAUUUUUGUCGAGAAGGUGUUCCCCUUUGAGCAGAUUGAGGAGGCGCACAAGUUGCUCGAGAGUAACACUACCAAGGGCAAGAUUAUUUGUCGCUUUGAGUAG